UUGUGAACUGUCAACUCACGAAAAAAAUGAAAAGAGAAACGUCAAAGAAAUCUGUUGUUUUUAAAGAUUGAAAAAAAUCGAAAGGGAUAAUUUUCAUCAGCUUUGAAAUGGACGACCGACUACAGCAACUUUUUCAUUUGCGAACUUUGCAAGACGAAGCUAUUGCCUAUCGUAAUAACAUGAGCCUUUACCGGACACUAAUGAAGCAAACAUGCAAAGCUGAACUGGAAAAUCUUGUAAAUGUAGAUAUUAAAAUCGCGGACACUCAGUUGCGAAUUCCUGAUCCUAAACUAAUACCACCACUUCCCACCAAUGACAAGUUCUCAUCAAAGGUAGACGAAGUCUUGGAAGAACUGGAAAUGACCUCGAUAGGAAUGAAGCUGUUAUAAGUAGUUGUAGUCAAUGCUCUAAAGCGUGCUCGCUUUACGACGUGCUUUAUUAAGGCAUUUGUAAACCAUAUGUAAACAAUCGAAGGUUGGACGUAAAGUCUGAAAUGUACAACGUUAAUAAAAAUUCUUACAAUUACUUGCGAGACUUUAAAAAAUGCAAAUAUAAAUAUACAUAUCUAAAUUUUAA